AGACCCUUUCCUUCCUCUGUUCUGUCGAGCAAUCAGUUUCGUAAACAGGAGCUUAUAUCUUAUCGUUUAUCGGCGCACACGAGGCGAGGACGCGUUGUACAAGAUCGCGGGAAAGUCACAAGUAAAACGGGGCGUUUCUCCGCCUCUUUGUUCCUGACAGAAGGCACUUCUGCUCAGUAUUUACACGUGCUACAGCGAAUAUAACAGAGUAACACUACAGCUCGUUGCAAAUUGAAGAAACAAGGGACAACGGCACAUCUUAAACUGUCUAUCACUGAAUUAUCGCCAUGGUGACAUCGGUAAUAAGACCGCUGGCCUCUCAGCUUCGGCGGCAGCUGGUCCGGGUCGCGAAGAGCCACCGGAUCAGCCCGGUCCGGACAUGUAACCUCACAGCCUGCUCCAGCAAGUUCGUCCUGUCUCAGAUGCAUCCCAUGUGGCAGGAGCCCCUUGCGGUACCAGGUGGUGAUCGCCAGUCGCCCAUUGAUAUUGCUGUACGGAAAAGUGUCUUUGAUUCAAAACUGAAGCCUUUAAUCACAGACUACGACCCGAAAACCUGCCAACAAAUCUGGAACAACGGUUACUCUUUCCUGGUUGAAUAUGAUGAUACCACAGACAAGUCAACACUGAAAGGAGGCCCCCUUGAAGACAAAUUCAGGCUGUGUCAGUUCCACUUUCACUGGGGCGAGUGCAAUUCCUGGGGCUCUGAGCACACUGUGGACAGGAGACUAUUCCCAGCUGAGCUCCACUUGGUGCACUGGAAUGCAGACAAGUACAGUCUGUUUGAAGAAGCUGUGGUAGAAGACAAUGGACUGGCUGUUUUAGGAGUGUUUCUAAAGAUUGGCAAGAGGCAUGAGGGUCUGCAGAAACUAGUAGAUGCACUGCCAACAAUCAGACACAAGGGUAGUGUAGUGGAGUUCACCAAAUUUGACCCGGCAUGUCUACUUCCCCCUAAUAUCGACAAUUAUUGGACCUAUCAUGGCUCUCUGACCACGCCUCCUCUAACAGAGUCUGUCACCUGGAUCGUCAUGAAGCAGCAUAUCGAAGUCAGCCAUGACCAGCUGGCAGUGUUUCGAAGCCUCUUGUUCACUGCUGCAGAGGAGGAGGUCCAAAAGAGCAUGGUCAAUAACUUUCGGGAGACUCAGCCUCUCCGGGGCCGCACUGUCCGCUCCUCCUUCACCCCAUUCCUUAAGGACUCAGGGUUGGAUGAGGUGAAGGAGCACAGUCACUGAACCCCACCUGAAACAGACCACCUCACACGGAGCUGCCUUUACAGUCGUGACCGUACCAAAUCACACAUGUUACUAGCCCUCUUCAGUAUAAUUUUUAGAAGACUGUUUUUAGUAUGGAGAUGGAGAAUUCAAAGUAAAUUUGAAGUAGUUUUAUUUGAGGUAAAUUUUUUAAUAGUUUUGAGUCAACACUGAUAAAUAAUUUGCGUUAUUUAAUUAGGAUCGCUGUAUGGAAUCUGUAUAAUAAACUAGCAAUUAAAUUAAAAAUUUUAAUGAAAUUCUCAUUAAUUUAACAGUUUUUAUUAUAACGUUUUCUCGUGAUUCUCCAUUUCCUACUGUCAAAUCUUUUAUAUCAUUUUUUUUUUAUUUUUACUUUUCUGUAGAUACAAAUAGGAAUAUACAUUUACCAUAAGAUUGUAGAGCUGGAACAACCUCAACUUUUUACAGAAUGUUUUGUUCUUUGAGAAUUUCAUUUUACUGCAGUUGUUUUAGUGUAUAUGGUAUUCUCUGAGUUUACAUUCUACUAUUCAAGGGGGAAAAAAACGCAAUAAUACAUUUUACGGUUAAUGACAGCACCAGACAGCAAAAAUGCAUCUGAUAUCAAUUUUAAUGUCACUGUUAUUUGGAAAUUUGGGUAAAACAAAGUUCUUUUACUUAUGCAUUUCUGAGUACCACAUGAUUGCAGCAGAACAGAAUGAAUAUCUUUCUCAUUUGAUGGUGACUUCAAUAUUUAAGUGCCUCAUAAAAGUGCCAUUGUGUACUUGUAUUAUUGUCCUAAGCACCGGAUCAUACUUAAAUGUCUUUGCCUGUUGUCUGGUGUUGCUGAUACUCACACUACAAAAACAAUAGAUGUAAAUCAUUCAGUUCUUCUGACUGUUGUGGUAGAGUAGGUUUUCAAGUAUUGGAGGUAUUCUACUCAUUGCCAGUCAUCAUACGCACAAAAGGAGAUGAGGGCAGCUCUGUGAGGGCACUAGUGAUUAGACUUCGUUUAGUCUCCAGUUAUUUAUGCUAAGUGGUAUCCGUCUGGAAUGCUGAAUAAAGUUUUAUCUUAUCUGGAGUGUACAUAAUCACUUAGAUUUUAAUAUGUGUGUCAUAUUGGCAAAUCUUUAAAAAUGUAUAAAUUAAAUGUGUUUUUAACAGAAAUAAUACAAUUCACAAAUUACAAACUAUAAAUGCUUAACCUACUUUAGCUGCUGCACAGUUUAAAACAAUACUGUUUAUUGGACAGUGUUUUUUUUUUUUUUUUUUUAAAUGAAUCAAACUGUAUAUGUUACUGAACAAAAGAUAAAUAUGCAUGUAAAAGAAUGGGAACUGCAGGUGUUGUUCCAAGCUCAUAGGCAGCAGAGGUCAUGCUAGUCUUUUGAAUUCCUGAACAACAAUGAAAGAUUCCCUUCUCAAGCCCCUGACCCAUUUGAAACAGUCCACACCCUUAACCUCUCCCCGGUGGGACAUCUAGUGGGACCAUUCUGUACGAUGAGGCCUCAAGUGAAUACAAAAACUAUAAUGCCUUGAAAAUAACAAGUGACAGGUGCAGUAGUGUAAUCAUUCUGAAGGUUGGAGAGGGACAGGAUUUCAGUUGAGCUGUAAAAUGAAAUGUAUUAAAAUGAAAUGUAUUUUGUCAUAGUGAGGUUACAGUUACCUUUUCUGUAGACCUUUGGAAUAGAAAUAAUGCCCCUCCCCUAAUAUUAUUUAAAUAAAGAUAUUUUAUAUUUUAUUGCAGCACUUACCUUUCAAAUUUAACAAUUGUCAAAAUAGUGGAAAAAUGUCCAUAUUCAACGACAUGUGUAGCACACAUUUCCACCAUUUCUCAGUUUAAACACAGAUAAAUCUUGUAAAUGUUUUUUGUCUUUUAUCAUAUGCAUUUGUUAUGGUCUCAUGCUGUUUGAGCUCCAUUUGUUCCUCCUAUUCUGGUGAUUUAGUAGGUGUGAGUAGGUGUGAGUAGGUGUGAGUCCUUGUCAACCCCAUCACCUUAAAGCCUUUCGUCAUACAUUUACAAAUAUAGACAUAUUUGAAAGUUUAUUUUUCCUGUGCAGUCUACAUUCCUGACAUGUGGAGCUCUGGUUGGGCCUCUGCUCUUAUGCUCCUCAUGGAUGGUUACAGAAAGUUGGUUUAGCUGUGUUACUUUAAGAACCAUGUUUAAUGAUUUUAAAACAUGUAAAAUUUGAAAUGGGAAUAAAGUAAUUACAAAU